AUGGCCACCGGCUCGUCGUCAGCCUCUUCGCUGCUCCAGCCAUCGUCCGCCUCUGAGAUGGCGCAAAUCAACCUAAACAUUCCAAUCGACGCUGCGCCGCGCGAGCUUCACGACGGCCUGCGAGAAAUUGCCAAACAUCACGCCCGAAGAGGAGCUAUACGAUUUGCCGAUAGAGCGGGCGGUGGUUGGUUGCCCGCAGGAGGAGAUAGUGACCCUGCCUCUGAGAAGGGCAAGGCACGUCAGUGGUGGUGGAAUGUAGCCUUCCAACACGAUGCAGACCUGCAGCCCGGCCAGCUCACCCUCGCGACGUCAUCCGAAUCUUUCGCGGCCAACACAACGUCGGGCUUCGUGCGAGACCCAUGGCUCAUCACGAUCCGCUUUGGUCGCAGCUGCGAAGCUUUCAGAGGGCUGGGCCGAGUCUUGGGACUCACUCGCUCCAUCACUCGCCCAGUCAGCUCAGCCUCGGCCCUUGCGACGCACCGCAAUCUUGUAGACUCCUCAGGAGCAUACACAUUAGACCCUCAGCUGGCCACGCAAGGCCUCAAUGUCUCCGAGCAAGCCCAAUUCGACACGCUAGGCACCAUGAUCGACGUGAGCCGCAACGGCGUGCUGACAGUGGAUAGCUGCAAGUACCUCUGUCGCAAGCUUGCCCUCUGGGGAUAUAACCACCUUCAACUCUACACCGAGGACACCUAUAAGCUCGAGGGGGAGCCCUUCUUCGGCUACCUUCGCGGCGGCUAUACGCAAGAGGAACUCAAGGAGAUAGACGACUACGCUUUCAGUUUGGGCAUCGAGUGCGUGCCCUGCAUUCAGACGCUCGGCCACUUGGGCCAGGUGCUGCAGUGGCCGCGCUUCCUCGCCAUGAGAGACACGACGGAGGUCCUCCUCGCUGAGCUGCCGCAGACGUACGAUCUUCUGGCCAAGAUGAUCUCGACAGCAACGGCGCCCUUCAGGUCGAAGCGUAUCCACCUUGGCCAAGACGAGACGCACGGCCUUGGGCACGGGCGAUAUCACCAGAUCUUUGGGCAGCACAACUACAAAGAGCCGACGCGCAUUUUCAUUGAACAUCUCCAGCGGGUGAACCAGAUCUGUACCGACCUCGGACUGGAGCCCAUGAUCUGGAGCGAUAUGCUCUUUUGUCUGAAUGCGAAGAACAACUCACUGCUGGGCUACUAUGACUCGGCUCAGCCUAGCGCGCCGACGGUCCAAGGCCUGCCACCAGAAUGCACUCUUGUCUACUGGGACUACUAUCACCUCCGCGAGGAAAAUUACACGGCUCGCAUCGAGUCGCACAAACUCCUCAACGAUGGCAAAGCCCCUUGGAUGGCUGCUGGCUCUUGGACGUGGACACGCUUCUGGACUGCUCUUCCCUUUACUUUUGCGACUUGCAGAGCUAGUCAGAAUGCUUGCAAGCGACCGGAGAGUGGGGUGAGGAAUGUUUUUCUGACCAUAUGGGGUGACGAGGGGAAUGAGGUCGACCUGUACUCCUCCCUGCCCGCAUGGGCGUACUAUGCCGACCACGGUUACACGUCAGAGAAGGAGGUUGACAUCCCCCUGCUGAAAGCCAAAUUCGACGGCAUCACGGGCGGCAACUUCGAUGACUUCGUCGUCGCCUCGCGUCUUGACGAUCCCAGUCCAGAGUCUCAAACGAUGGACGACCGAGUUCACUUUAGUCCUAACACUUCCAAGUGGAUGCUUUGGGAAGAACCCUUCUUCGGCUUCGUCACUCCCACCAUCUCCGCCUCCGGGCUCGACCUCGAGCACCAUUACCAACAGCUCUCCAUAUUUCUCGACACGCGACUCUCAACCCAACCCUUCCAAGGCGCCCCGGACCCGCCCGAUCACCCACCACGGAGCAUCCUCGACCAUCCUCUGAACGCUCGGCUACGAUUUCCAGCUUUGAUCGCCCGAGCUUUGUCUAUGAAGGCGAGAUUGAGGGAGCGAUUGAGUCUAGCGUACAAAGAAAAGGAUUGGGAUCAGAUGGAGUUGCUAGCAGGCAAGGGGAGUAGGGUGGAUGAGACGGAGAGUCUACUUGGAGAUUUGAGGGCUACCAUUAAGCAACUGCACGACUAUCAUCGCCAGCUAUGGAUGAGCAUGUAUCGGCCCUUUGGGUGGGAAGGGCUCGACUUGCGCUACGGCGGUUUGGAAGCCAGGCUAGAGACAAUGCAUUUGCGCAUCGUCAAAUUUCUGGAGCACGUGAGGCGACAGAAGGAGAGGGAGAAGGUCAGCGCAGCCAAGGCAAAUGGGGAGAGGAGCGCCGAAGUCGCUCUACGGGAGCUCGCGCUUAGGGAUACGGACGUGGAGGAAGAGGCUGCAGGGUGGCAACCGGAGGGUGGCAUCAUGCUGCGCGGGGAAGACGUCCAAGACUCCGGUGGACGUUACGACGAGACGGUCACCAGCCUUCCCGAGCUCGAGGUCGAGCUCCACGUCGCGUACCCGAGUGCGGAGCAGCUCCUGGAUUAUCAUAGAGUCAGCAGGCCAACGUACUGCUAG